GGCUCUGCAGUGUGCGCAACCUGUCCUGCCUCUGCACGCAGUGGCCUUGGCAAAACACCCUCCCUCCUAUCUGUCUUCUGUGCUGGGGCACCUCCCGCAUCUCUUCUUCAGAGGGUGGGGAGGAAAACACAGAGCUGCAAGCCCUCAAUCCGGGUGCCGCAUAGGGACACCUCACUCCUGUACCAGCCACGGUGUCAAACACAGCUCCUGGCAGGGUUGGAUGGGCGAAGCACCCUGCAUCGCUGCCGAAGGGUGCGCAGCCUCCCGCCGGCACCUGCGGCCGAAGGCGUGACUUGGCAGCAGGUAAACCUGCCUCCUCUCCCUGCCUGUGACCAGAGCCCUGUGCUGGCAGGGGAACCAGAGCCAGUGCUGCCGGCGGCGGGUGGCACUGUCCCACCGCUGCGCUGUGAAGAUGGUAGAAGGAGGUUUCACCAAACUCCUCCAGAAGAAGCUGUUUUUCCACCUUGCACAGAAAUAUCAGCCCCUUGGAAGCGGCGAGCCGGAGGAGGAGGAGGAGACCCAUGAGGAGUGUGAGCUGAAAAUAAUUGAGCAGGAGAAGGAGGUGGCAGUUCUGCCUCCGAAAGACGCAUGCAAGUGCCAUAAAGAAGACUUGGCUAAAGCUUUAAAUGUUGAUUUGCAAACUGGACUCUCUGAGUGUUCUGUGCUGCAGCGCAGGUUAAAGCAUGGUUGGAAUGAGUUUUCAGUAGAAAAUACAGAGCCGAUAUGGAAGAAGUAUCUGGACCAGUUUAAAAAUCCCCUCAUUCUCUUGUUGCUGGCUUCUGCUUUAGUAAGUGUCAUCACAAAAGAAUACGAGGAUGCUGCGAGCAUCACCAUGGCAGUGCUCAUCGUGGUCACCGUGGCCUUCAUCCAGGAAUAUCGCUCGGAAAAAUCUCUGGAAGAACUUAACAAGUUGGUGCCCCCUGAGUGCAACUGCCUAAGGGAAGGGAAACUGCAGCACCUUCUAGCAAGAGAGCUUGUGCCUGGAGAUAUCAUUUAUCUGUCUGUUGGCGACAGGGUUCCUGCAGACCUCAGGCUGAUAGAGGUUACAGAUCUGCUGGUAGAUGAAUCCAGUUUUACUGGAGAAGCUGAGCCUUGUAACAAGACUGACAGUGUAUUAAUGGAAGCUGGAGACAUAACCACGCUGAGCAAUGUUGUUUUCAUGGGGACAUUGGUGCGAUACGGGAAGGGAAAAGGUGUAGUUAUUGGGACUGGUGAAAAUUCACAGUUUGGAGAGGUGUUCAAAAUGAUGCAAGCUGAAGAGACUCCCAAAACACCUCUCCAGAAGAGCAUGGACAGACUGGGGAAGCAGCUCACUCUCUUCUCCUUUGGUAUAAUCGGUUUAAUAAUGCUCAUUGGCUGGUUACAAGGGAAGCAUCUCCUUGGCAUGUUCACAAUUGGAGUUAGCCUGGCAGUGGCUGCCAUCCCAGAGGGCCUCCCCAUCGUGGUCACCGUCACACUGGUGCUCGGCGUUCUCCGGAUGGCCAAGAAAAGGGUGAUUGUGAAGAAGCUUCCCAUAGUAGAAACCUUAGGUUGCUGCAAUGUCAUCUGCUCAGAUAAGACAGGCACUCUGACUGCCAAUGAGAUGACAGUGACACGGCUUGUGACUUCGGAUGGGUUCCAGGCAGAGGUCAGUGGCGUGGGCUACAAUGGAGAAGGAAAUGUUUAUCUUCUGCCAUCAAAAGAGAUUCUUAAAGAAUUUUCCAAUGUCUCAGUUGGGAAACUAGUGGAGGCUGGCUGUGUAGUCAACAAUGCCAUUAUCAGGAAAAAUAGUGUGAUGGGACAGCCCACAGAAGGAGCUCUCAUUGCCCUUGCAAUGAAGAUGGAAUUAGCUGACAUAAAAGAUAUUUAUGUAAGAAAUAAGGAAAUUCCAUUUAGCUCUGAACAGAAGUGGAUGGCUGUGAAAUGCGCACUGAAAAAUCAGGAUCAGGAUGAUAUUUACUUUAUGAAAGGAGCAUUUGAAGAAGUGAUUGGAUACUGCUCUCUGUAUAACAGCGGUGGCAUCUCGUUAUCACUUACGCCCCAGCAGAAAGCCUUCUACCAGCAGGAAGAAAAACGAAUGGGGUCAUCAGGUCUAAGGGUACUUGCUUUGGCUUCAGGUCCAGAACUUGGCAAACUAACAUUUUUAGGUCUGGUUGGAAUAAUUGAUCCGCCAAGGGCUGGAGUGAGAGAAGCUGUUCAAGUCCUUCUGGAUUCUGGUGUAUCAGUAAAGAUGAUAACUGGAGAUGCCUUGGAAACUGCUGUGGCUAUAGGGCAGAAUAUUGGUCUCUGCAAUGGAAAGCUGAAAGCCAUGUCUGGGGAAGAGCUGGACCAACUGGCAGAGGCAGAGCUAUCAUCCACCGUCAAAAACGUUUCCAUUUUCUUCAGAACAAGUCCAAAGCACAAACUGAAAAUAAUAAAGGCUUUGCAGAGGGCUGGUGCUAUUGUGUCAAUGACAGGAGAUGGUGUUAAUGAUGCUGUGGCCCUUAAAUCUGCUGAUAUCGGGAUUGCAAUGGGACAAGCUGGUACAGAUGUCAGCAAAGAAGCUGCCAACAUGAUUCUUGUGGAUGAUGACUUCUCAACAGUAAUGAAUGCAAUAGAAGAGGGAAAGGGAAUAUUUUACAACAUAAAGAAUUUUGUCCGGUUCCAGCUGAGCACGAGUAUUUCAGCUUUGAGCCUAAUUACUCUGUCAACUGUGCUCAACCUACCAAAUCCACUCAAUGCUAUGCAGAUCUUAUGGAUCAACAUCAUCAUGGACGGGCCACCAGCGCAGAGCCUGGGAGUGGAACCAGUUGAUAAGGAUACUAUCAAACAGCCACCCCGACGUAUCACAGAUACUAUACUCAGCAAAUCACUGAUCCUGAAAAUCUUCAUGUCAGCUGUAAUUAUCAUCAGUGGAACCCUCUUUGUCUUCUGGAAGGAGAAUCCAAAAGGUGGCAUAAAUCCUCGAACCACAACAAUGACUUUUACCUGUUUUGUAUUUUUUGACCUCUUCAAUGCCCUGACAUGCCGCUCCCAGACAAAGUUGAUAUUUGAAAUAGGCUUUUUUCGAAACCGCAUGUUCUUGUAUUCUGUGCUGGGAUCAUUUUUGGGACAGCUGGCUGUUAUAUACAUCCCUCCGCUACAAAAGAUCUUCCAGACAGAGAAUUUAGGAGUGCUAGACCUGAUGUUUCUCACUGUACUGGCUUCCUCUGUUUUCAUCGUGUCCGAAUUCGUCAAACUCUGUGAGAAACACUGCUGCCAACUAAAGCACACAAAUGGGACGUCAUAAUUGAUGCAAACUUCCUCUAAAGAUACACUUGGGACCAAGCUGUGAUGCUGGACAUUUGAAAUGCAAUGUUUUCUGACACCACACAUCCUUUCUGAAGAUACUCCAGGUGAAUCUGUACACCAGUCUGUUCCUUCUAAUGCUUUACCUAAACUGUUUGAGCUGUCUACAGAACCUCCAGAGCAGCUCAUGUUUUAAACUAAGAUCAGGUAUACUUUUAGAACACUGAUCUGUAUCUCAAGAAUGCUGCGACAGUCCUACACAAAAUAACAGAAUAGCACCUCUCCUAUGAGAAAAAGCUGAGAGAGUCAGGGUUGUUCAACCUGGAGAAGACUCUGGGGAUACCUUAUUGCAGCUUUUCAGUCCUUAAAAGGGGCCUAUAAGAAAGAUGGGGAUAGAUUUUUUUAGCAGGG